GUGCGUUUCAAGUCUAAGGGUUCAUCCGUAAUUAUACCGCGCAACGAAAUCCUCCCUGCAAUCUUGUUCCACAGCGACCUCGUUUUCGCGAGUUCGCCACCGCUCUGCAAACCCUAAUUACUACAAUUUGAAAAUUCUCUUCCUCCGCCCUAAUUCCAAUUCGAUAUCCCAAUGGCACCGACGACUUCGUCGAAGAAAAAUUACAAGGAGAAAGUUACUCGCCGCAAGGAGGAGAAAGCGGCGGAGCAACCGGAUUUGCCGAAAUACAGAGAUAGAGCUAAGGAGCGAAGAGAAGAUCAAAAUCCCGAUUAUGAGCCGACUGAAUUGGGUUCUUUCCAUGCGGUUGCGCCUCCCGGGAACAUUGAUCUCCGGGCAGCUGAGGUGCAGAAGUUAUCCAUUGAGAAGAGCAAGUAUCUUGGAGGUGAUGUGGAGCACACACAUUUGGUCAAAGGAUUGGAUUACGCUUUACUUAACAAAGUAAGAAGUGAGAUUGACAAAAAGCCAGAUGAUGGAGAUGAUGUUGAUGCAAAAUCUAGAGCAUCUAAGGAAGACCAAAAGUUGUCAUUUCGCACCGCUACUGCAAAGUCAGUUUACCAAUGGAUAGUCAAGCCCCACGCCGUUAUCAAAACCAAUGAGAUGUUCCUUCCUGGUAGAAUGUCAUUUAUUUUUAACAUGGAGGGUGGAUACAGUCAUGACAUCCCAACCACCUUGCAUAGGAGUAAAGCAGACUGUCCACAGACAGAGGAAGCGGUAACUGUCAAUGUUGAUGGUUCUGUACUUGACCGAAUUGCUAAAAUCAUGUCAUAUCUUCGUCUUGGAUCUUCUGGGAAGGUUCUCAAGAAGAAAAAGAAGGAAAAAGAUGCAAGAGGAAAGAUUUCAAUUGGUAAUGAGUAUGAUGGAGAGGAUAAGCCCUUGAAGCCUGAUGUUGGGAUUUCGAAGAAUGAAACUAAAAGAGAGAUUUUGCCACCACCACCUCCACCCCCUCCCAGGAAAAAUCACAUAGAUUCAAAAGCACCACAAGGCCCAACUAUUGCCAGAGUAGAUGAGGAUGACAUUUUUGUUGGGGAUGGCGUUGACUAUGUUGUUCCUGGUAAAGACUUGAGUCUAAGCCCUCUUUCCGAAGACAUGGAAGAGUCUCCUCGGAACAAGGAAAGAGUUUCUUAUUUUGAUGAACCUGCUUAUGGUCCCGUCCAACCCGUCCAACCCGUCCAACCCUAUGGGGUGCCUCAAGAAUGGCAAGAUAUGAACGGAUACGAUGCGGCACAAACACAGCCAAUGGCUGAUGCCUACCAGGGAGAGUGGCCAGAAUACCAAUAUGCAGAGCAAAUGUCUUAUCCUGAACAAUACCUCCAGCCAAAUAUGGAAGGUUACGAUGCGCAAACAGGCUUAAACAUGCAGGAUCCACGCUUUAUGACUCAAGAGCAGAAGGAUCGGGGUUUAGGAUCCGUGUUUAAGCGGGAUGACCAAAGACUUCAACAAUUAAGGGAGAAAGAUGCCCGAGAAAAGGAUCCCAACUUCAUCUCGGAGAGUUAUUCUGAAUGUUACCCUGGCUACCAAGAAUAUAAUCGUGAGGUUGUUGACAGCGACGAUGAAGAUGACUUGUCAAAAAUGGAUAUGGGUGGACGAGCUAAGGGUCGUCUUCAUCGGUGGGACUUCGAGACAGAAGAAGAAUGGGCAACAUACAAUGAGCAAAAGGAAGCUAUGCCCAAGGCAGCUUUCCAGUUUGGUGUGAAGAUGCAAGAUGGUCGUAAGACACGAAAGCAAAACAAGGACCAGAAGAUCACUAAUGACCUCCACAAGAUCAACAAGAUACUUGCUAGAAAGAAGAUGGAGAAGGAUAUGGAUGGUGGUGAGGGUGGCGGCCAUUAUGACGAUGAUGAACAGCCUGGCAAGAAGAUUCGAGUUUGAAGCUAGUUUACUUAUUAGGGAACUCAGAGGUUGGCUUUAUGUAAAGUGUCCUGGCUUGUUUCUUUCUUGAUGACAAGCUUGUUGGCUGACAGGGGCCCAAACCAUGGCCCUGAUAUCAUGUUGAAGAUUUUUAAAUCGACAAGCCCGGGGGACCCUUCUAACUACACUGAUAAUGUGCCCAACUUUACUCCCUGCACAAUCCGUGAGGUGUGGAGUUUUACCACAAAAAGCUUCGGUAUUAGUUAGAGUGAAGUAAUCAUAUUUAAAUCCCAUUAUUUUCUUUUCACCUGCCGAUGUAGGAUUCCAAUUAGCCCGGAGCCCAUCUUUUGAAUAUGGAAGCAGCAAGUAUAUCGAAAACUGCCUUAACACCCGUUGCAUAAAGUCAUUUUUGAUGUAGUGGUCGAUUACGUACUUUCUGUAAGUCAUGAUAACAUGGACACUUGUCUAUCUAUUUCUCAUAUUGUAGAACCAAAAACUCUUGUCACAGGCUAGGGGUUGAGUUUAAAGGUCAAUACAUUUCUAUCAUAUUUUUGUUGCAA